UUGGCAGAGGAGGUGAUAGAGCACUUUGAGCGCUGGUCAAGAUGCUGUGAUAAAGUCCAUAUUCGCUUUGUGUCACAGGUCUGUUUAUAUCCCCUGCAGCGUUUCAUAACCCUAAAGUGCCCGUCUGAUAGUUACGUCACAACUGAGCCUUUGACGUAAAUAUACUUUUUUUCUCUUUCUUUUGACACUUUCGGAAACAUUCACUUAACAUUCUUCAUGCAGCUCGAGUGAAAAAAACCCCCCCAGCCCGGUCGGUGUGUUCCCUGCACACCACGGCAUAAGAAAGUUGACAAUCCCUGCCCCACAAAUUGACACAACAUGCUGCAAAUGACCUAUGUUGUCUGUCAUCUGUUGGCAUCCAGAGACAGGUGUGAGCGUCCCAGUGGCUGAUUGAUGGCUGGUUUCCACUCCCAUCUGUUUCUGCCCCGUCAGAAGCACUUGUUUUUUCCCCUGUAGUCAUCUUACAUGACUGAACCCAGAGGAAAAAUGAGACUACAAGGGGUCAAGCUGCUCUUGCCCAAUGCAGUUUGGUUCUUAUAAGACAGAAAGUGACAUGCGGCCUCGUGUGCGAUGACCUGUCGGGAAACACGAGCUGACAAGUAAACUCCGUCCAUUCCGUCACAUUACCCUGCGCAACUCUGCUCUAUCCGCCAAGUUCACGUCCCUCCUCGGGCCUUUCCACCACGUAGAUGGCUUUUGGCUCGAGCCACCGGGGUGAGGCGGGUUUGGCUGGGGUCAACGUGGCUCAGUUUGCAGUCCGUGCCUCUGUUGUCAAAAAGCAUUUCAUGGUGGCUUGAGCAAAGCCGGAGUCUCCCCUCGGCUCUAUCACCUGUGAAUUUAUGGCGGCUAAAUGAGUUUGGGAAGCGCGUGCGGAUGAACUUGUCAGGAAAUAGCUUGAUUACACAGCAGCGAGGCUGUCACAGAACUUGAAUAAUCGUGAGGCUGUGAGUUGAUUAACACAUGUCUGUUAUUACAAUAAAUCAUAUUUUGACUUAUAGGGGACACGGAUUACGCUCAUAUUACAGGAGCUAAGGUAAAAUUGAAGCUGUCCUCUUUUAAUUGAAGUUAUCAGUAGAAGUUUGUAUCAGUGAGCAGGCAUCGUAUAAAUCACAAGUGUCAUGUCUCUUCUUUCAGCAGAAGGUUCCCGGGAACCACAGAGUUCCUCACGUUUCGACACUGGGUGCAUGUUACAGGCGUUCAAGAGAUACGAGGGCAUUCGCAUUGCAACACGGUCCUGGUUCACAUCGGUGCGCAGACAGAACCGCAAGCAGCGCUGCUAAAUAACCAGCAGCUCGGACCUUUCAGUCUCCUCAAUGCCAUUACGGUCAUUUGAUUUGUAUUUUUGUUUUUAAGUUGUCAACACAGCUUCUAUUUUGAGUUUAUCUCAACAUGUUCUUCCGCUUAAAAAAAACCCCCACCUGGGAACUCACUCUUUACCCGUCUCCUUUCGUGGACACCUGCUCAGUCCUCUCAAGAAUGUGAACCAGACACGUCCACCUGUUACAGCGAGUCAUUCGAAAAGGAUUUUUUUUUUUUAAUGAAUGAGCAUUGUCCCACUUGUCUUACAUGUUGAAGAAGGACUGUGUACAGUGACCAUUUUGACACCUAGCAGGCGAGUGACGGUGGUGGGCUUAACACUUGAAGGCUCUCAAAUGUCUCAUAGCCCAAGCAUUGCCAAGCCCCCACCCCAAACACUUGACCCCUGCUGACGUAGGCUGUCCAUUUACAUUUAGGGACACCGGCUCACUCCAUUCUUAAUACCAUUGCUAUUGUGGAGAGAAGGAGCCAGGGAUGAAGUCUGAGAGAAAUAGAUUUUUUUUAAAUGAUACUUUUCAGAGCUUAUUCCACAGGGUUUUACAGUUUUAGAUAUUUUAAAACUUCAUAGCUGUCAAGGUGGAGCACUGAAAGGUAGAGCUGGCUCUGAUUUAUACUUUGUCACGGACGCUGCCAGUCCUAUUUUUGUCUGAAGUCGGUGUCUUAACGUGAUUUUAAUAUCACCGGAAGCCAUGAGUGCCUUGGUAGUGAACACAGAGGGAGACGGUGUAAGCCUCAUCCAAAAUCGGAUUGAGUCGCUGAGCAGCAAGAUGGACAAGCUCAUCAACAUUCAAGAGAAGGUGCUGAACCGCCUGGACGGGAUGUCUCAGGACAUCGACGGCAUCGAAAAGGAUAUGGAGACUCUGAAGGUUGACAAGGAGGAGAUCCAUCUGCCGCCCAGGGUGAUGAGCCAGACCCAGGUCGUGGGGCGAGAGGUGAAGGAGAUAUGCCAGGAGAUGAGCACCAUCAUGUCGGUGGUGAACCAGCGCUCCGAGCAGCAGGCUCAGAAGCUGGAGGGGAUGGAAAAGCUGGUCCUCAGCAUGCAGCAGGUGAUCGGCUUCAUUGGGGAGACGGUGAAGAGUUCCAAGAUUAUGGAGCUGAUACUGAAAGGCCCCACGGCUCGGAAGGGCUGCAAACCCAAAGACAAUAAAGUAAAGCAACCGAUCAAGAAAAAAUUGUCUACAGACGCAGUAACCAAGAAGCUGGACAAGAUGAAAGACCAUAAAGCUAAAGACGGGACCGAGAAGCCUUGUUUAAGCCCACAGAAUCAGAAAGCUCAAAAGAGGAUGAAGCCCCCUGACACAGCAGAUAAUAUCUCCCUGAAGAAGCAGGUUUUGCUUCUGGAAGAGGUUCAGAAGCUCAACAGGGAAAAUGUAGAGAAAUCAGAUCACCAGCUCACCACCGGAUUUCUGGAUCUGGAGGCCGGAGUUUCACCCAAAGAUCAACAGCUCGAUGCCGCCGCUCGCAAUUUGGUGGACUACCUGCGAGAAGAUUCCCAGGUGGCCGAGAAACACGAGGCAUCGAGUGAGGAGGGAGCGGGGGAGAAGGUAGCUGAGGGAGAGGCAGUGGUCACAGAGCAGGAACCCAAGCUUGAUGUGGAGGAGGCUGUAAAAGAGGAUGAAGAGGUCCCAGAGGAAAAGAAGGAGGAGGAAGCUUCGGCUGCAGCCCCAGAGAUCCCUGCUGAAAAAGAACCAACUGCUGCGAGAGAGGCUACCCCAGCUGAGCCAGACCAGAAAGCAGAGGGAAACGGCCCGACUGCCAAGACCUUUGUGACCGAGGAGCACUUUUUGGUGGAGGAACCCACAAAGAGCCCCGUGUUGGAGGAGGAGAAGAGAGGAGACCGGGAGGAAGAAGAACAAAAGCUGGAGUCUGAGGGCUGGGCCGUGUUCAGGGCAGAUGGAGUCGAAAUCCAGUUAAACCUCAAACAACGGCUGGAGAGAGAGAAGAAGGGAAACGAUGCAGGAAAAGAGGAGGAGGAGGAGGAGGAGGAGGAGGAGGAGGAGGAGGAGGAGGAGGAGGAGGCUGAGCGGUACUUUAUUGACACCACUCCUCCGCCAGCAGCUCCUUUUAAUCACCGCAUUGUCUCGGCCAAGCCAAACCAGAUCAGCAACUUCUACACCAUCAACUGGCAGGAGGUCCUGGGAGGGGGCCGUUUUGGCCAAGUGCACAAAUGUGUCGAAAACUCCUCGGGUCUCACUUUGGCAGCGAAGGUCAUCAAAGCCAGGGCUCAGAAGGAAAAGGAGGUGGUGAAGAAUGAGAUCCUGGUCAUGAAUAAUCUGGACCAUGCCAGCCUGAUCCAGCUCUAUGCAGCUUAUGAGUCAAGGAAUGACAUCAUCCUUGUACUUGAAUAUGUUGGUGGAGGGGAGCUGUUCGACAGGAUCAUUGAUGAAAACGACACUUUAAUGGAGCUGGACGCUGUGGGGUUCAUCAGGCAGAUCUGUGAGGGCCUGCAGCACAUGCACAAAAUGUACAUCCUGCACCUGGACCUAAAGCCAGAAAAUAUUCUGUGCGUGAGCCGCAUUACAAAUAAGAUCAAAAUCAUCGACUUUGGCCUCGCCAGGAUAUAUAAACCAAGGGAGAAGCUCAAAGUGAAUUUUGGCACCCCGGAGUUUCUGGCUCCUGAAGUCAUCAACUACGACUUUGUGUCGUUCAACACAGACAUGUGGAGCCUCGGCGUCAUCACAUACAUGCUUCUGAGUGGUCUCUGCCCCUUCCUCGGUGAUGACGACAACGAGACUCUGAAUAACAUCUUGGCCUGUCAGUGGAACUUUGAGGAACAAGAGUUUGUAGAUACCACAGAAGAAGCCAAAGAUUUCAUCUCCAAGCUCCUUAUUGUAAACAAAAGUUGGAGGAUGGGGGCGUCUGAGGCAUUGAGACAUCCUUGGCUUUCUGACACAGCGCUUCAUCAUCGCCUUAAUACAAAGAAAACUAUGUGCAGAUCACGGCGAUCAUCAUGUGUGCCCACGACUGAUAGUUGAGGGCUCUGCAUUGAUGUGACAGCUCCAGCUGUGGCCACCCGGACCAACCCUCCCGCCCAUGUAUGUUACCCGAACAUCAGUCGAUGCACCUGCGGCAUUUUCCUGGAAUGUAUAAAGCAAUAUACAAGUUAGGAGUUUUAUUCAAAUUAGGAAUGCAUUGCAAUGCUCGAAAAACAACAGGGGAGGUAAAUAGAGAGAGCAUCUUUCAAUAUAAUUCUGUUUCCAUGCAAUAAAUGUGACCUUUUCGGAGAUUACAGUGUUCAGUUAUUGUUUAGACUGUGUCAGAGAGGUGAUACGUUGACUUUUACACACGUGUGGUGAUGUUUUAUUACAUUACGUGACUCUGUAAGGUGUUUUUUUUUCUAUUAUCUCAUCCUGUUGUAGAUUUUAAAUCCAAACGGUGCUAAGGUCACAAUCUGACCUUCCUUCAUUAGACGCACACACGUAUUGUCAUAAAUAAAUAUGAGCUUGACUGUGUGAAGCACCUUUUGUCUUGAAAGUUGAACAUGCACAUACUACUAUAUACUGUACUCACCCUCACUUACUUAUAACCAAAUACACUGCGCUGUCAUUGUUUGCUGCUGUUUUCAUGUCCUGCUGAUACUGUAGAUAAAAACCUACGUGUUUAGAAACAUACCUCAUCCUCUUUCUCUAUGUGGAGGCUGCAGCGGGAUUCAGUCAAUGUGACUGUAAUGAUCUCCCCUCUCAGUUAGGAAUAUUCUGUUUGGGCUGUAAAUAGACGCUGAACUGUAGAUUAAAACCCAGAUGUUGUCAUAUCUUAGUGGAUGUGAACUGUACGUGAGGACAAAAGGGAAUUUGUGUGGCUGGUGUCAUGAGCUGUAGUAUGUGCACUUUAUAUACAGUUAUUUAUUUUAUCAUAUAUCAUACCCGAACCUACGGUAGUACCACUGGUCGAAUCUGCUCAUGUCUCCUCGUGCUUCGUCCUAGUGUUUAUAUAGAAAAUACAUUUCACCAAUACAUGUCUUAUCAGCAAAGUUUAGUAUUUUCUUUUCUUCUUUGUUGCAUGUCGUAUUAUGUUUACGUGAGAUUUAAUAGAAAAGAAUUAUAACUUAGAUGCGUUUUCCACAUUACAAAGUUAUCUUUAAACUACCUUCUGUGAAGGUUCACUAACUGAAAGCAAUACACUACCUACCUAUAAUGUAGCCUAAGUGCAUUAACUGUUGUUAGAUGUGUUUAUGUGAUGUUAUCUUACCGUCAUGAUGAAUGUUACAUUAAAUGUUGUUGAACGUAGAGAGAUAGUCAGAGAACUUGUCACCAUAGAGUGUUAAUUUCAAAUUCAGCAUGUACUUGUGAAGUGUGCACACGUCCAUUAAACUGAAAUUGUCUCAUCAGA